ACUCCCAUUUCGCUGCCAUACCUCUAUAUCCUCGCACCGCCCCUCAACUAAAGUCAGCACACACUCUCUCCUCUGCCAGACUCACCGAGAGACGGUGGUGUGUGAGCAGGGCCCGUGCGUAUUUACGCUCAGAGUGUGUGCAUGUGUCAGGGGAGAGCUGGAGAGCCCGCGGCGCGCUGUCAGGAGAGCCCCAGCUUGUCUGAGUGCGGGACCCGGCAGCGGGUGAUAUAAGCCUCCAGAGAGGAGGAAGAACCGCCUGAGAGUUCGUUUAUUUGUUACUGUUGUUAUUAUUAUUAUUAUCAUCGUUUCUUUAAUUGGCGUUCCACGCGUUCGCUUGACUGGCGUUAACGUGCAGCCGAGAAAAGGAAAGUAAGCAAGCAAGAAGAAAGUAAGUAAGUAAGCAGAAGAGUCCGAUUCAGCCCGAGCGGCUACAGAGUUUUGAUCGUAUUUUUAGCAUCCCAACUGUCCCCCUCUCCCCGUCCCUUCUGAGUACGGAGUGGCAGAGGGAGGGACGGGAGAACCGGGCGGACGGACCGUGAAGCUGCGCACCUCCCCCGGUGGAUGAGCCGCUGGAUGCGGGACGAUGGAUUAACCGCCUUGGCCGGACGCUGCCGCCGCUUCUUUUUCACCGCCGCCCCCCUGUCCUCCUCGGGAUUAUUUUCAGCCCACACCGACCUUCCCUCCCUCUCGAGAUGACCGAGGAAUAUGUGUUGCGGUGCGUCCUGAUGCUCUGCUGUGCGCUCCUCUCGGCCAACGCGAGUAACUGGCUGUACCUGGCCAAGCUGUCAUCCGUGGGAAGCAUCAGGGAUGAGGAGACAUGUGAGAGGUUACGAGGCCUCAUCCAGAGACAGGUUCAGAUCUGCAAGCGCAGUGUGGAGGUGAUGGAUGCAGUGCGUCGCGGAGCCCAACUGGCUAUAGACGAAUGUCAGUUCCAGUUUCGCAACCGUCGCUGGAACUGCUCCACGCUGGAGACCGUGCCCGUGUUUGGCAAAGUGGUCACGCAGGGCACCCGUGAGGCAGCCUUUGUGUAUGCCAUCUCAGCAGCCAGUGUGGCGUUUGCGGUCACAAGGGCCUGCAGCAGCGGAGAGCUGGAAAAAUGUGGCUGUGACCACAAUGUACAUGGAGUCAGCCCAGAGGGGUUCCAGUGGUCAGGCUGCAGUGACAACAUUGCGUAUGGAGUAGCAUUUUCUCAGUCCUUUGUGGAUGUGAGGGAAAGAAGUAAAGGCCAGUCUUCCAGUCGGGCUCUCAUGAACCUGCACAAUAAUGAGGCUGGCAGGAAGGCCAUCCUGUCCCACAUGCGUGUGGAGUGCAAAUGUCACGGCGUUUCAGGCUCCUGUGAGGUAAAGACCUGCUGGAAAGCCAUGCCGCCAUUCCGCAAGGUGGGCAACGUCAUCAAGGAGAAAUUUGACGGCGCCACUGAGGUAGAGCAGCGCAAGGUUGGCUCCACCAAGGUUCUGGUGCCUCGAAACUCCCAGUUCAAACCUCACACAGAUGAAGAUCUGGUCUACCUGGACCCCAGUCCAGAUUUCUGCGACUAUGACCCGCGCACACCGGGUAUGCUGGGCACGGUGGGACGCCAGUGUAAUAGAACCUCAAAGGCCAUUGACGGCUGCGAGCUGAUGUGCUGUGGCCGUGGCUUCCAGACACAGGAGGUGGAGGUGGUGGACAGGUGCAGCUGUAAGUUCCACUGGUGCUGUUAUGUCAAAUGCAAACAGUGCCGCAAAAUGGUAGAGAUGCACACUUGCCGAUGAUGGGAAUGAGGAGCACAGACUGGGACACUGCUGAUGAACAAAACAAAAGCCCAGAACUCCUACACCAAGGCCAGAGGGAGCAAGGAGGACUUGUGAAGCUCAAUCUUCUCCUGCUUGAAAGCCACCCCACCCUCCUUCUACUGGUCAACGGAAACAGACUAAGCGGCUGAGAGGUCAAAUGUCAUCCUGUUAAUUUUAUGCCACCUGAAUGGAUAUCAAUAGAUAAUGCAUGGGAUUUUCUACAAAUCUACAGAGGCAGUUUGUUUCUUCUCAAGUAGAGAGCGUCUUUCACUUCCUGCCUCCCUCCCUCACUCUCAUAUUUGCUUUGUCAUUGAUGCUUCUUAUUUUUGUAAUGUUUAACUUAUUUGUUGAGACUGAGAAGACUGACAUGGGGGUGGACAAAGAAGGAGGGGACAGAUGAGUGGAGAUAAUAAGGGAAAAAACUGGACCCAUGGGUGGGCAGGUGGGUGGGUGGGGUUAAGAGGUUGGGUUGGGGUCAAGAGGAGGGUUGUUUGCCCUCUGUCCUUGCUGCUGCUGCUUUGUGGACUCACUUUGAGUUGUCGAUGUUGAAAAGGGAGAUGCUGAGUUUGUCAAAGGACAGACUUGAACAACAAAGAGGACUGCGUCACAGACGGACUUCCUGUGAUUUGCUUCCUGGCUGUGCCGCGCAGAGGUUCAGUUGCUGUUGAUUCAUGUAUUUUGCCCCCUGCAAUGCCCUGAUGCUGCUCCACUCACACACAUUCUCUCUCUCUUGCUGUCAGAAGGGAGGACGAUGAUGGACAGGUGAAAGCCACUGUCAGCUGCUUCCUGUCUUUUCUGUAGGUCCAUAGCACUAGCAGGUGAUGGGCAAGAAACACACAAAACACACACAUCCCUAGCAAACAUUGCUCCGAAAUGACUUCUUUAUAUUCACAGCUGCUACCUGCGACGGGAAACCAGACACAAAACAGUUUCCAGAUCAGAUUUAAAGUGAUUUGUUACCAUUUGAGAACAUCAUAUUCUGGAGACCUUGCAUGCUCAUUUGGGCUGAUGCUCAUCUUGGGCUCCUCUUGCACGUCACCAUCUGCCAAAUGUUGGUUUAAUGCAAACAUGAGCAAACACGCAGAGACGUGCAUGCACCAGCAAACACACACAAAGUAAACACACAUGUACACAAAGGGGUCUGCCAGUGGGUUGCCGAGCAUGUUCACCAUGCAUGAUGACUGAAGCACUUUCUCUCCAAGCGCACAUAGAGCCCUUGCCCCACAGCAACAAACAUCUGACCGCAUUUUCAAUUUUUUCCUGUUCCUCACACACACACAAAUACAUACAGUUUCCCAUGCCACUGUGAGGACUCUGUUGUUGACUUGUACCACCAUAAAGCCAAGCUUUCCUAUAAUAACAUGCUAUCAUUAUAAAGACAUACUGUAGAUCUGUAAAGACUUAUACACUGAAGAAGACUGUACUGCCUAUGAAUGUAUGUUAAUAUGGAAUAUAUGCUGUGUCAAAAAUGA